AUGCUACCCAGAGGCAUUGAAUUGGUAAAAAUCUUACAUACCAAACAAAAUAUAUUGAAUCUACGAACGGUAUGCCAUUUUCGCAAACAGCUAUGGCCGGGUUACCGGGAGAAUAUUGACCUGAAAGCCGCCAACAAAAACGUAUAUUUCGCACAAAGACUGUACACGUCAAAAGAUAAGGUUAUUGCAUCUCCCCCAUCUACCACACAAACAACAUCUGCAGCGGCCGCCGCAGCACCACAAACGACAAAAACCAAAACCACCACAAAAACAGCCACAGAACCCAAAACGGCAAAAGAAAAAUCCAGCACCUCAGCGGAAACAACUAAAAAGAAUGGCAAAACAUCGACACCACCACAAACCAAAAAAUAUGAAAUCGAAACAUCCAAAGGGAUAUUGUCCAUUACAACAACCAUAGAAGAUUCCAAAAUAAAUGAUAUUGUAUUUGAAAAAUCAAAAGUGGCAAGUAGUGACACGACCACCACCAAAGAGACUGUAAAAUCAUCAGCACCACCUACGGCUGAUGAUAUUAUGAAUAAGGCCGCCAAGGGAGCGGCCAAUGUGACAGAGGCUAAAAUAGAUGCGGCUAUAUUGGAUGCUGCCUCGAAGAAAAAAUUGGCAACGGAGGCCGCCACCACUGGUGGUAAAGUAUUAAGCAUUGAUAUGACAAAUGCGGCAACAACAGCAGCAGCAUCAGCGACAAGUACAGCAGCAGCGGCGGCAUCUGUGACUGCGGCGACUACUCCUACUACUCCAUUACCUGAAAUCAAACCUAAACCGAAACGAGCUAAAAUGGAUUACAAUCGUUCCUCCUUGGAACGUAAUUUCAUUACCCCGGCUCGGGCCAUGAGUGAUUUUUUGCUAAAGGCCUCCGAUUUGGAGACAUUGCCGAAAAUCAAACGACGUUCACCCUAUGAACAAGAACCACCAAUAACGGUAUUUUGGCGCAAAGAUGUUGAGGCCAAGGCCAUUAAUAUUUGGGGUACCAAGGAGAAUCUCAUCAAGGAGUGCCUAAAGCGGGAAGUGGAACGUAAAAAACAUCAACAAAAUAUUUUUACGGUGAAAAGAAGGCUGCGUGACUAUAGACGGGAAAUUGGUUCCCGAACGGCUGUGUAUGAUGAUGAACCCGGUUUGAAGGGCAAAUCGGGAAAAGUUGUGUUAAUUGCCAUUGGCAUCAAUGGUUUAAAUUUCCUUUUCAAAGUGGGUGGCUGGCUUUAUUCCGGUUCGCAUAGUAUGUUCGCCGAAGCCAUACACUCUUUGGCCGAUACCAUUAAUCAAUUGAUUUUGGCCUAUGGCAUACACAAGUCAACACAAAUGGCCGAUUCCGAUCAUCCAUAUGGUUAUGCCAAUAUGAAAUAUGUUUCAUCGCUAAUAUCUGGAGUGGGAAUAUUUUGUGUUGGCACUGGGCUAUCAUUCUAUCAUGGUAUAACGGGUUUAAUGAACCCUGAACCAAUGGAAGAUUUCUUUUGGGCAUUUUUCAUAUUGGGUGGUUCGUUGGUGUCAGAGGGUGCCACCCUUUUGGUGGCCAUGAAUGAGGUGCGACGUUCGGCUAAACUAAAGGGGAUAUCUUUCAAGGAAUAUGUUCUGACCGGCAAGGACCCCUGUGUAAAUGUGGUAUUAACCGAAGAUGCUGCUGCCGUGGCCAGUGUGGCUGUGGCAGCUGGUUGCAUGGGCCUGUCCACCAUAACGGGCUCACCCAUUUAUGAUGCUGUGGGUUCGCUUUUGGUGGGCAGUAUUUUGGGGGCAGUGGCCUCAUUUAUUAUCUACACCAAUGUGGCCGCCUUGGUGGGCAAAUCCAUACCCCAUGAACAUUUGGAACGCAUUAACAGUGAAUUGGAAAGCGAUGUGAUGAUUAGAGCCAUCCAUGAUGUCAAGGGUAUUGAUAUGGGUAAUUCAUUGGUAAGGUAUAAGGCUGAAAUGGAUUUUGAUGGUCGGGAAUUGACACGGUCAUAUUUGGAUAAACAAGAUCUCAAUGAAUUGCUUAAGGUUGUAAAAUCAUUCCAAUCAACGGAAGAAUUGGAACAAUUCUUAUUAAAUCAUGGCGAAAAUAUUGUCGAUUUAAUGGGCGGUGAAAUCGAUCGCAUUGAAAUGAAGCUAAGGAAAAAAUUCCCCGAAAUCCGUCACUGUGAUUUGGAAAUACUUUAAGCUAUUUAUCUUAUUUUGU